CCACUGCUCGUCGCUCCGAAGGGGCAGGAAACAGGAGUAGCAUGUCUGUCCUGGGCUCGGCUCCCCGGGGGAGCUGCAGGCGCUUAACAAGGGCGUCCACAGGUACCAGGCGCAGGAACGGUCUCCGCGACGGCCCGGGGGCGGCGGCGGCCGGCGCGCCCACCGCCGGACGGAGGCGCCUGGCGAGGUGGCCCAGGAAGCCCCCGCUCCUCGGCCACGCUCAGCUUUCCGCCGCGCCGGUGCCCCCGGCGGCCCGGGUGGGACGUGACCCCGCCCCCGGCGAGUCGGGGCGCCCCCCACGGAGGGGUGCGCGGGCCGCCCCCGGCCCCCGGCCCGACCCUGCCGCCCCGGGCCGUGGCGGGCGCGGGAGGCCCGACCGGGAAGAUGUCUCCUCUUGGUGCGCGCAGCUUCGCACGGGGGUCAGCGACGGGGCAGCGGCCGCCCGAGCUGCGCCGGCCCUGCCCACGGACCGGCUCCCGCAGCCCGACAGCUGCCCGACGGGCCAGCAGGCUCCGAACGUCGACGGAGCCCGGCCGGAGGUACCCGAGCAAUGCCAUGCGAGCAGCCCAGCCGCGAUCCGGGCAUUUCCCCAGCCAAUCUCUUGCUCUGGGGUCCGUUUAAAUUCUAAAUCCCACAAAGGACGGUGGCUAGGGCGUUACACAUCGGGGUUGGCACUAUUGGCUCCACUAUGCCCUUGUUGAGCGGUGUCACACAAAUCUUUUUCUCCCUGCCUUGGUUUCCCACUCUUCAGGUUCUGACUCCUGGAAGCAGGGAAUGGAGCAGAGAGGUAGGGCAUGGAGUGAAUCAUAUAACCUGCAUAAACAGCCAUCAACCCUUUCAGGAGGACGUUAGCGAGACAAUUAAAAUAAUGAUACCUUCUAAUUCUAUCAAGGCUUGAACUCCAAGGUAAAAGCGCUACGUCAGUGCAAGGUAUUAUUAUUUAUUACCACAGAAGGUUUUUCUGCAUGCAGAACUUGGGGAGUUUGUACAGACAUUCUCUGCUUUGUUUCACAACAUCCUUAGGAGACAAGCUGAAGUGCCUGUUAGCGCUAUAUCCAUUUUAAAGAUAGACAACUGAAGUAUAGAAAGGUUAAAGAGCUUGCAUAAUUACUCCGACAGCCGACUGAAACAUCUCACAAACAGCUAAAAAGGAUUGUUGUGGAGUGAAGUGGACUAAUAGAUAUGAAUACCCUUUGGAAACUAGAAGACAACUUAUUUUAGAAAGGAUUUCUGAGGCCUUGCGCAGCGGCUCAUGCCUGUAAUCCCAGCACUUUGGGAGACCAAGGUGGGCAGAUCAUCUGAAGUCAGGAGUUCAAGACCAGCCUGAUCAAAAUGGAUAAACCCCGUCUCUACUAAAAAUACAAAAUUAGCUGGGCAUGGUGGCUCAUGCCUGUAAUCCCAGCUACUUGGGAGGCUGAGGCAGGAGAAUCUCUUGAACCCGGGAGGCAGAGGUUGCAGUGACCCAAGAUUGCACUAUUGCAUUCCAGCCUGGACAACAAGAGUGAAACUUCCAUC